AUGUCAUUAUACGAGUAUCAGAACGAUCCUUCCGAUGUGGACGUUUCUGAUUUCUUGAAUCAUUUAGAAAUACUUGAGAAUAAGAGAAAAAGGGAAGAUGAAGUCAGAGCUAGAAGAUUGGAGGCAGAAUUAUCAAGAAUGAAAACUAUGUCUAAAUCAAUUAAUAGACAGUCUACCAGAUCAAAAUACCGCAAAGAUGAUGAGUAUCUUGAUGGGUUUGACUCAGAUCAAGAAAACAAAUACGGUUACGACUAUGGUAAAUCAAGCAACUUUGACCACGGUAAAGAUCUUCAUGAUAGAUACGAUAAUCGGGGGUUCCUUAAUAACCAUCGGUCGUCACAAACCAGCCUUUCCUCUAAAUCAAGAAACUAUUCCCCAAAAAGAUCCAGCACCAUGAAGAAAGAAUCAUUUAAUGACGAGAUAGAUGUUUAUUAUGAUGAUAAUGACGGCUACGAUUCAAGAUCAAUUUACCAUGACAAUAUUCAGGAUGGUUACGAUUCGAGGGCUGCUUAUCAUGAUAAAAUCAAUGAUGGGUACGGCUCAAGGUCUGCUUAUCAUUAUCCAAAUGACUUAGAUGAAGAAGAGGAGGAGGAGGAGGAGGAGGAGGAGGAAGAAGAGGAACAAAAACAACAACAACAAGAACAAGCUUUUAUGGAAAGUAGAACUAGAUCUCAAAGGUAUCAAGACCAAUCACUUCAUAAGAAAUUAUCCACCAGAGCAAAGAAGUACCUUGAGAAUGACGAAAUCGAUGAUUUAGAUGAUGAGGAUAUCGACGAUAUAAUCAGACUCAUCUCACCUAUUGCCAGAAAGCUUUCCAAGGCCAAAGCAUAUUCCAAAUCAGAACCUUCAUCACCAUUAAAAGGUAAAUCAUCAAGAAAAUCAAGAAACCACGGGUCUCCUAGAUCUUCUAGGGGUGCCAGAGCUCUUCCAAGUUUGCCAACUAUCAACGGGUCCGAUGACUCUUUUGAGUAUACUGAAAAGCCUUCUACUCGUGAGAGAUACAGUCAAAGCCCAAGAUCUAGUCACAAAAGACAACCAAAUCAUCCUUUUGCCCCUCCAUCCAAAAAACCCAUCCGCAAGCAUGCUUACGACAGAAAUUUGAGCGAUGAUGAUGAUAAUGGUGAUGACUUAUUGAUGUACAAAUCUGCUUACAAUUAUGAGAAAUCUUUGGAUUCUAAACCAAUAAUUACCGAAGUUGAAAGCGAUGAAGAAAGUAUUCUUGAUUCCAUUAAAUAUUCUUCCUCUGCCUCAUCAUAUAAAUCCCGGACCACUGGUUCUAGUCCAAUUAAAGCAAACUUAGAUUUCGAAUUCUCCAAGCCAAUGAGAACCUCUACCAUGAAACGCUCUACCAUUUUUGAUAAUCUCGAUGAUGUUCAGGAGACUUCAGCAGAAGAGGAAACUCGCAAAAGCUUUUCUCCUUCAUUGUUCGACCUUAAGGAAAUAGAUGACGAACCAGAAAUCUUUUCUUUGUCUCAACCUAACUCCUUGGCCGCCAAAAUCAAGCAACAUUCGGAUAAAAAACAGUAUCUUUCCAAGAAAUCUGACGCAAUGUCAAGAUCAUUGCCAUCUUCCACCGAUGCCUUCAGACCUGCCCCAAACAUUUCUGAUUCAACCAUGACUUUACUACGCAAAUUGUCAAAAAGACAAUCUAAUUUUGAGAGCAGUGUCAAUGGGAAGUCUAACACCAUUGCAGAACAGUUUGACGUUAGCAAAUAUGAUAAGAAUGAUGAUUUGCACAAUUUGUCAAGCUUUUUAAGAAGUAGAAGUAUCAGAGGAAAACAAGGCAAUUCCUCCCCAACUAAGAUGAAACCUGCACAAAAUCAAAUAAUCGAGGAAGAAGAAGAGGACGAAGAAGAAGCCUAUGAUGAAAAGGAACAAGGUGAGGAAAGUGAUAAAGAUAAUGAUGAUACCACCACAAUCCAUACCUCCCCAACUAGUCUCAGAGCUUCUCCUCAGAAAAACAAAAUGUUGGAAAGAUUAAUGUCUUUGUCUGAAACUCCAAAGAAACCAUCCCCAUCUCCAUCUCCUUCGCCAGUUAAUUCACCAGCUACCAAGACUCCAAAAUUCGCAGAACCUCGCACUUCAAGAUUUGAUUCACCAUCAACCUCCUCCCCAAUUAGAGGUAGAAGUUCCAGCCCGGUUAGAGACCUUAUCAACAAACACAAUGGUACCUUACCAACCACAGAAAACAUUACUCCAGUUAAGGUCAACAGAUCAGGGAAUUUCUCCUCUCCAAAGUCCAUCAGCUCCCUUGCCAGUAAAUUCGAGAAUAAGCAAGAUGAUUCCACUCCAACCAUAAAGGCCUCCAAAGAAGUUGCCACUUUUAGCUCCCCAACUUCUGGGAGAAAGAGCAACAUUCCUAGUCCUUUCAAAGAAAACAACAGCACCCCUACGAAAAUGAAGACCAUGAAUAAAGUUGCUAACCGUUAUAACCCAAUGCCUAAAUCAGAAGAUGCGGUGUCUGCUGGAUUGGCAGCUAAAUCUGCCCCAUUGACGAGAAAACAAUCAAGAUUCCAACAAAGAAACACUUCUUCCAACAGAUACAUUCCAGUUCCGGAUUCUGUGGCCGCGAUUUCUGCCGCCCUUGCUGCCAAGGCUCCAAAAUUGAACACCGAAGUUUCCAAAACCGUUGGAGAAAGAGACUUUUCCUUGUCCGAUAAUGCCAAGUUCAUCAAACCAAGUAUUGAAAAGUCGAGAGUCGAAUCAAGAUUCGCCAAGAAUUUGGAUAUCGAAAAGGAAAUCAACUUGAAGAGCGACCACAAAUUGAAGAUCAAAGUAAAAGAAAACCAUUGGUUAGGAAGUGCUAUUCAAAGAUCACCAACUAAGAAUAAACAAGACUUGAUUGAUCUGAUCAAUGAGAAGCCAAAGUUCUACCAAUCCAUUGAAAACUCCAAGAGAUUGAAUGAAGGGAAUGCCGCGAUCAUGGAAGAAGAAGAGGAAGAAGAUGUUGAUUAUACUAACAUCCCUCUAAAGAAGGUUUCCCAAGUUGAAUCUCCUUUGAAAAAAGAUAACAUUUUCGAUGAAAUUCCUGAUUUUGUGAAGUUGAGAAACAAACAAGCUGCUGCCAGUAGUAGGAUCCAACAGGAACUAAAAUCCAAAGUCGACGAAAUCACUGAAUCAGAUAAAUUGUUGGAGAUGAGAAGUAAAUUAAACUCUUCUACUGAAAGAAAGAAUGCCUUGCAAUCCACAAAAACUUUUGCCGAUAUGCCUACUGACUCUCUCGAAAUCAUUAAAAAGAUUAGAUCUCGCUCUCCUGAACGGAUUUCUCAAAUUGAAAAAGGCAAAUCAUCUAAGUUUAAUGAGCUUCCUGAUGAUGCUUCAGAAAUCAUCAAUAAGAUCAGAUCCAAAUCUCCAGAAAGAAUCAACCAAUUUGAAAAGGGAAGAGCCCCUACUUUCAAAGCGAUGCCAGAAGAUGCCGAGGAGGUUAUCAGAAAGAUCAGAUCGAAAUCCCCACAAAGAAUUACCGAAUUUGAAAGAGCCAAGAAGAAUAGAUUUGAUAAUAUGCCAGAAGAUGCGUUGGAAGUUAUCAAGAAGAUUAGAAAGCAAGGCUGA